AUGCGCAAACACGAUCGCGAGCCGAGCGAGCGCCGCGCUCCGCCGGCGCCCAGCCGAGCCCCGCCGAGCCGGAGCCGCCCAGGGGCGGCCGGCGGGAGCGGCGCCAGCCGCGCACGCACCUGCCCCCGGCCUCACCGCGCCGCGCGGCCCGAGCGCGCCGGCUGCUCCCGCCUCAGGGCUCCUGCCCCGCAGCCGCCUGACCCUUCUGCCCAUGCACGCCCGCGCCGCGGCGAUACCUCCCUUCCUCGCCCGAGCGCGCACCUUCCGCGCCGCGGGCGGCCCUCCGUUGGCCGCCCCGGCCCAGCCGGAGCUAGCUCCCCUGAGGCCGCGGCGUUCCCUCCGUCUCGGUUUCCUCGGCGGCACGGUCCGCCCGUGCCCCCGCGCCGACCGCUGCGCCUGCCCCCGCGCCCCGCCGCCACGGCCAUGGUGGUGUCGGGGCGGGGCGGCGGGGGCGGGAGCGGCGGAGCCGGAGCCGGUACACGCGGCUGCCGCGGCCGGGCCGGAGCCGCGCCGCCCGGCACCUCCCCGGCGUGCGGCCGCGCGGGGCGAGCCCAGCCCGCUGCGGCGGGAGUGCGGGCGGCAGCGGCGGGGCUGAGCGGGCUCUUCCAGCGCGGUCCAGGUGAACGUUCUGCCGGCAGCAUCUCCGGGGGCUCUCGGGCGCCUGCCGCUUCUCAGCGUUCUUCUUUUCCCGGACGGGACGCUGUGGCAGCAGAGACUCGGGGGUACUCGGGGAAGCUGAUGUCCCGAGGGAGAAGGCUUUGGCCGCCAGCCGCUUCGCUGAGGAGCGGGAGCUUCCAUCGGAUGAACUGGAAGUCGGGCAGGAGCCAUGUACCAGGCCCACCACCUCACACGCUUCAGCCACCAGACUGGGGCUCCCGGCUGGGCACGAAUGCCGACCUGGCGAAUUUCAGAACGGUCCUGUCUGUCUUGAGUUUAGACACUUAAGUGCAAACUUAGCCGAAUUUUUCAGUUUUUCCUUCCUUAAAAUUAACAUAAUCAUGACUGAGAAUGUGAGAUAUAUGGAAAGUCACUUCUGGAACAAAACCUUUUAAUUUACCAAUGCAACUGAGAGAAGUGACCUGAUAAUUCAACAAGGACCUGCUUUUAAGGACUUGAUCAUAAAGAUUUCUCAGACUUUACCUAAGCAAAUUACAUCAGGAAAUUUCCAGUUCUUGGGAAUGAAGUAAAACAGUGCUACUUCACUCUGACUGCAGUAUUAAUACUUAGUAGCUGGUAUAGAAUAUUCUUGCGAGGUUAAAACUAAAACAUAUUCAUAAUCCCACAAUCCAUAUGAUAGCAUAAGUGAAUGUGCACCUCAUUUCCUGAUGAAUAUAUCCUGCUGCAGCAUUCUGCUUUUAAAAUCUGCCAAGUAAAAAGCAGUGAAAGAACUUGUCUCUUUGUUUAUAGUCCUUUGCAUCCACUUAAUACAAACCCCUGCUAUCCUUACAAAACCAUACAUAAGCAAGCAUUCUUCCUUUCAGUUUUGCUUACAAACUGUUGCCUACAAAUCAUCCAC